UCACGAUUUUUAAAAUGUUUAAUGCAAAUACGGUUCGCUAGUAGUUAAAUAAUUUUAGCACCCCUCGAACACAACUUCACAUUGCUUGUCUAGCGGCGCCGAUGUGUAUAGUCAUAUUAUGCGUGCAUUGUAUACGACGAUAUUGCUGGGCAAUAGACUCGAUUUUUAAGACCUGUGUACUACACACUACACACUUGAUCUUAACAUGAAAACUCGUUUUUAUGACGGAAUUGCGAUCGUGCGUGGUUACGGUCACGGUCGCAGUCCGUGACCGACGAAACCAGCCGGCCUUGAAAUUGGAAAUCGUUGUUCACGGGCUAGAAAUUGAGAAUAACUUUGAGGGGGUUUCGGUGUUCGUUUUGGAAGGCAGCGGUUCUUUGAAAUUUUUUCAUGCUCACAUUCUAAUAUUAUUACCAUCAUUUGUAUUAUUAUUAUAGCUUAUAGUUCAGCUGGAAAUUGGGGCACGUGCUAGCUAUUAUUACUGUAAUUUAUUGUGAUUAAGACGUAAUUGUAAUUUGCAAUUGAUUUGGCUGAAAUAAAUAAGUAACAACGGUUGCAGUGCAACGUGUCUUAACUCGUUCUCAAGUCACAACAUAAUAUUAUUUGUUCGUCGGCAGACCUGCGGAUAUCUUUCCUUUUCUCAAGACACAGAUCAUGAUCGUUCACAGACACCGACGGAUGCUGGUUUUCGGUAGCUUAGCUGUCGUGUUGGCACUGAUUGUGACGGCCAAGCACGAGAACAACGUUCGGUUCAUCAGCAGCGACAUGGAAAACGCCAAGCCAACAGACGUCUGGGAAUACGUGUCGGACUUCUCCAACGUGAUGAAGCUAAAUCCAACCAUAACGAAAUUCAUAAUAACGCACGAAUCGACGGACUACAAGCAAUGGAACUACACGGUCGAGUACGAAGAACGCCUAUCUCAAAUUCCGUUCGUGAUGAGCAAGAUUAUCGGUGAUUUCGUUGUAGACAAAUCGCAUUCGCAACGCGCCAUCAAAUCGACUCACCGGACAUGUUUCGCCAAGAUUUAUUGUCUGAACAGCGAAUCGGAAAUGAUAUUCGUCGACCUAUCCCACGGCGGCACCAGAAUCGAGGACAAAAUCAAAUACGAAUGUCCGUGGUUGUUCACCAGCUUCUGCAUGAAAGAAGUGAUGUUUCAGCGAAGUAAAAUAUUCACACGGCUCCAGGCCCUGUUCGCGCACACAACACAUUAGUAUUAUUGUAUUACUCUAGGUUAUUAUUGAGUUGGUUUGCUUCCAUUCAAAAAAUAAAUAAAAUAAACGAUAUAUAUUUAUUUAUUCA